UGCAUUUGAGCUAAUAACUCUUGCGAUGUAUAUGACAUUGCUGCACAUUUCGUCGAAUUCAUAGGCAUAAAUCUGACUGAUAAAUUUGCCAUUUUAACAAAGGAUUGUAGCCGAAGCGAAACGCUGCUUAAUUUUGACAACAGGUUUGAAAGCUUUAAUCCUAUAAAAUCAUACACGUUAGGAACGGAUAUGAAUAUGCUCAUACAGCUUGGAAUAGAUGCAAGCCAGGCGUAAAUAUAUUAUUAAACCGAGUGAGUGAAUUACACACUGUGUCCAAAAUAUAAUUUAAUGCAGAUAUUCCAUCUAGCAGUGAACAACAUGUCAAUCUCUGCCAUUUUGAAAGCCAUUUUGAAAACAACUCUGCUACUUCCAUUGACACAUUGGUGAUAUGCAUUUCAUUUAAUUAAAGAUAAGCUAUGGCUAUAUGAGAAUGGAUAAGAAAUCUGCAACCUAUUACAGAAAUCAAUUAAACAGGAAGUUCUGGCAAUAGCAGAUUUAGGCGCUUGAAUUAACCAGCACCGCAAGGGGAGGAGCCUGCCCGUGAACCCCAGACGCUAUUGGGUCCCUUGCAGGAAGCUGCUCGCCAGACUCUUUUCGCGAAAAUAUGUCCUAGCAAUGUCAUGCUCUGAGAGAUUCGUUUUCACGGCGUCCUUGGUUAACUCUUUCGUGGACUGCCGUCCAAAGGAGCCCCCCUCUGUCGCCCACCCACACCAGCACGCCGCCCGCUCUGACCCGGACUGCAGAGUCCAACAUAACUGGGGUUCCGUGCCAAACACGGCCAUACCCGGGACAAUGAACCAGCACCAGCCGUUGCAGCCGCAAGAAGCUAUGGCUCAGCCUCGAUACCAAUACCACCAGGGAAUACUGAACUGGGACGWGCCACACUUGAGCCCGGUCCGGGUGCCGCAGGUCAGUGCGUGCCCUUACAGCGCGUCAAACAGAAAAGACGACUCCUCCUAUUUGCUCCUGGAACCGGACAACCACUCAAAACCGUCACCGGACGUGUCUGCCUUUACCAGACUAAUGUCAGAGAUGGGCUCCAUGACGGGCGGUUCUGGUCCAAUUCAGGGCUACUUCCGCCCGGAGCAGUCAUACUCGGGGAUCAAAGUCCAGGAGUACAACAACAACGUGCACGGCUUGCCCACGACCAAUCCACCGCGCGCUCCCCACUCAGUCUCGAGCCAUUUGUACCACUUGAGCUUCCCGGUGCUGCCAUAUCCAGACACGGACAUCAAGCGCGUUAUUGAUGACUUAGCGCUGGGCAGCAGUGAGUGUCCAGCCCAGAGAAGCGAUAGCAGCAGCAUCACCCUGGCCAGCAGUCAGACCAACACGGAAGACUUAGUCAUAGGUUUACGACGAGACAAGCCCCCAUCAGACUUACCCAAGGGCGAUAAAGGUCCCAGACAGGAGUCGCAAGAGGAUGCAACAUUCGAAAAUGAUGCAACCAGUGGAUGGCUGUGGGCGAAGGCGGGGAGGAAGAAGCGCUSUCCUUACACCAAAUACCAAACCCUGGAGCUGGAAAAGGAGUUCCUCUUCAACAUGUAUCUGACUCGCGAUCGCCGCCUGGAGAUCGCUCGCAGUGUCAACCUCACUGACCGYCAAGUCAAAAUCUGGUUCCAGAACCGCCGCAUGAAGUUGAAGAAGAUGACACGGGAACACAGAACCAGGGACACGGUCACACAUUUCCCCAUCUGAUUCCUCACAAACAUGGUGCGCAGAGACAGGCCUACAUGGACAGGAGCACGGGAUGAUGCAAAGUCAAUAAUAGGAUGGACCAUAUACUGAAGGAUGUGGAGAUAGAGGUUCUGAUCUGAAGGAUGGCCUGGAUGAAAGUACUGUCUAUGUCCUAUACACUUUGCAUGAGGAUAUGGUGGCUCUUACCGGUUACACUUGAGUUUUUCCAUGAUGGAGAAAUAUCGGGAAGCUUUUUCUUUCUCCAUACCCCUGUCCCGCAACACUCUUCAUAAAAGCACUUUAUUUUAUCAUUAUUUAAACAACUGUCUUGUAGUUGUUUCUUGAUAGCUCAAUAGAAUGAUUGCAACGUUGCUUAACUGGUAUUUUUUGCCAGACAUAGGCUACCGUCUUGAAUCGAAAACUAUUGUUUACAGUUCAUGCUAGGCUAUGGGAAGCUAAUUUUAAAGGAUGACUUUAUUUAUGACGCGAGCACUAUUUUAUUUAUUUUCGGACGCAAUGUAUUUGUAAGCGCUGGAAAAUGUGCACCAAUAAGCACAAUAUGUUGAACUUUUGUAACGGAUUUUAAACAUGAUUUCUUGUUUAUACGGAGUCCUUUUUCAGCUUGACUUGAAACAAAGGAUGUGUCGAUUACAAUAAUGAAUGAUUUGAUUAUAUAUAAAAAGACCUCUUUGUUUUCUAAAUGAGAGCAUUUGAAUUAAAGGUUACGCUUUCGGUGAUAUAGGGAAACGUGUUCCUACGCACAUGAGCCCUUUGAGGUUCCAAAAGGCAAGCCUGGGAUAUAAUAUAUACUUUUGUCUUGUAUUAUUAAUUUCUAGGCUAAUAUUUGUUUUGAUAUAGUUUCGCCUAUCACUUCUGCUUGAAUAAAUAUUCCCCAGUUCCCA